CUCCUGUCUCUUGGAUAUGCAUGGCAAAUCCAAAUCUGGCGGCCACCCGAACAGACUGGGAAGGGGGUGGCCGGGGGGGCCCAGGCCCGGAGGGAUCAUAAAAUUUCAGGGUCCAAUGUGACUUAGUCUGUCUGCUCGCCAUUCGAGGAGGAGAACAUUGAGAGGAGGCGUCAUGACUACUCUAAGCCAUCGGCGGUUUGUCCGUGCAAACUGAUUGGAUCUUUUACAAUUCUCUUUUUCCGACGACGUUCCAUUCCAUCCAUGUCUUCUUUACGUACCUGACUGCGUACAACCUGCCGUCCUUCAGUCUGUUCGGUAUUACUUCAUCGAUCUCGCUGGAUCAAAUCUCGGGAUAACAGUAACUAUCCUACGAUCAAGCCUACCGUCAACUUUCUUCCUUCUAGCACGCGGUGCCUAUCUCACUGCAUAGUACUCCACCCCUUUAGCGAGCUUGCGUCGUGAACCUUCCGGGUUCAGCUCAGUUGGGACGGUGGCUCGACCCUGCAUUGUGUCCCAGUGUUCAUCAAGAACUGCGUAAACGACUCUCUGCAGUGCUCCGGCCAGCUAGAACUCUCGAGUAAAACGCCCCGGGACUUUGUUGCUCAUCUGGACAAAAAACUCUGCCCUUCUUACCCGAACCAGAGGCGGCUCCGUUCCUGACCGUACUUUGUUAUUACAAAGAGACAGAUCGUCCUUCCCCCUUCUCUCUUUCUGGCCACUCCAUACACUUCCUUUACUUUCCCAUUUCACUCCCGAUCAUCUAACCUAAAAGUCGAUGCCGUAGCUCUCUGGCAGCCUCAUCAUCCGACCACCCUACCAUCGCAUCGCGGCAGGACCCCUGGACUAGCGGCUGCUGCGUCAUUCUCUCUUCGGCCCCGACCUAACCUCAUCUUCCCUUCCACUCCCAGGCCCCCCUUCUCUUGAGAGACCCAGACUCCAAGGUUUCUCCUAGCUUGUUCCUUGCCCUAAGGGGAACCCUGUCUCCCGCUCCUCGCCUACUCUUCCCUUCCAGUCAACCUCCCCCUUCUAUCUACUACCUAUUUGCAACUCGCCCGCAAAUCAUCUUUGCACUUUCUGUGGCGACUCCAAGACUAGUCUCUUUCCCAGCUGGUCGGGAGCUAAAGCAGAUCUAACGGCUUCUCUUACGCCAUGACUUUGGUUUAGACUCCUACCAACGCAAACUUGUCUUAACCCACUCCCUCGCUCUUCAGAAUAGCCAUCCGAGGCACUAUUUCCUGAUUUCUCUCUUGCCAACCAACCUUAGUCUCAACACAAACGAACACUCCAUCAAAUCACAAAACCAAAAACAGUGUCUAUUUGACACUGCAACGAAAGAACUCGACUUUACUAUCUCGGCUUUUACUAGAAAGCAAUAUUCGACGAACAUCCAUCACGAUGGCGGCGUCCAAUAUCCUCAUCUACCUGCUCCGGCACGAUCUUCGCAUUGCGGAUAAUCCUAUCCUUCACCAUCUCGUGACCGCGUCUGACCACGGAUUCACACAUGUUCUCCCUGUCUACGUAUUCCCGGCACACCAGAUCGAGAUUUCCGGCCUCUUGCGCGAAGGAAGCAAGUCCCCCUACCCAGAAGCUCGCAGCGAGAUUGGCAAGUUCUGGCGGUGUGGACCUCAUCGAACAAAAUUCAUCGCUCAGUCUGUUUGGAACGUCAAGGAAUCCCUCGAAGGCGUAGGAAGUGGCCUGGCUUUACGCGCAGGCAGGUUCGGUGAUGUCGUUGGCGACCUCCUUCAAGGAUUCGCAGACAAACGUCAAAAGGUUGGAGCGGUCUGGAUGGUCGAGGAAGAAGCCAUCGAAGAGAAGAAGGAUGAGAAGGCAGUGGCCAAAGCCUGCGAGAAGCACGGUGUUGAAUUCAAAACCUGGCUGGACGAGAAGUACUUCAUUGACGACCGCGACCUCGGCUUCAAAACUCCCAGCGACCUCGCAGACGUUUUCACCGCCUUCAGAAAGACCCAAGAGCCGCUCCGCGAGAAACCGAGACCCACGCUGGCCCGCCCUGCAAAGGGAUCCCUUCCGCCUUUCCCUGAGCAGUCCGCUAUCCCUCCCCAACCAGCACCAUUCCAGAUUCCAUCCACCUACGAUGCCCUAGAGUCCGGUCUUCUUAAACCUUUGAAGUGUCCCUUCGAGCAAGAGCCAAAGUUUCCGGAGAAGGCGACUUCAGUUCAUCCCUUCAGCGGUGGCGAGGAUGUCGGUAUUGACCGUCUGGAUCACCUUGUGAAGACAGGUGCCAUGUCUAGCUACAAAGACACUCGUAACGGUCUCCUCGGAGUCGACUUCAGCACCAAACUUUCAGCUUACCUAUCAUUGGGAUGCUUGACGGGCCGCCAGAUCCAUGAGGCUUUGGUCAAGUUUGAAGAUGGACAGGAUGCCAAGUUCAAAGACACACCUGGGUACGGAAAGGGAGAAAACGACGGAACCAAGGCUGUGCGAUUCGAACUUCUGUGGCGUGACUACAUGCGCCUUUGCACAAAGAAGUUUAGAGGACAGCUUUUCCGCGUGACUGGAUUCAAGGCCGACAAGACGCCUAAGUGGAAGUCUGCGGACCCUGAGCACGUGGUUUCUGACGACAACCUUGGUGCUUCGCCGGACGAUAUUCAAAAGACCCUGAACAGGUUCCUUGAGGGAACCACCGGCAUGGGGUUGAUUGAUGCUUCGCAACGCGAGCUGUACCAUACUGGCUACACUUCUAACAGAGCUCGUCAAAAUGUGGCUUCCUUUUUGACCAAGCAUCUCGGUAUCGACUGGCGGUACGGAGCCGAAUGGUACGAAUAUCUUCUUGUUGACUACGAUGUUAGCUCGAAUUGGUCCAACUGGCAGUACGUUGCUGGUGUCGGCAAUGACCCUCGCGGUGACAACAGAAUCUUCAACCCUGUCAAGCAAGCUUUCGACUAUGACAAAGAUGGAGAGUACGUCAAAGCUUGGGUCGUAGAAACUCGAAAGGUUGGAAAGUUGGAGAAUGUGUUCCAACUCUGGACUACACCGGCGGAUGAGCUUGAACGUCUCGGUUUGAACAACAACAUCAUGAUCACAAACCCCAUCAAGAAGAUUGACUUCUCGGUGGAAGGGAAACCAAAGACUGGCAGGAGGCAGUAUAACAAUCGUCGAAGGGGUCGAGGUAAUUCUCAUCAGAGUAAUGGGUCCAACGGUGGGCCAUCACGUGGACCUCCACCAGGAUCAGGAAGCUCUAACGGAGGCCACGGUCACUCGAAUGGUGCUUCAGAUCAAGGUUCGACAGGCCACUCUUCAUCUAGGUCGCCACCCAAUGGCCCUCAGGGGUACCGUACCACCAGAGGAAACGGCGGGUUCCGUGGCGAUUCCCGCGGUGGCUACCGUGGCGGACGGGGCGGACGCGGUGGAGGUGAUGGCAGCAACGGUGGAAGUGGAGGAGGCUACCGAGGUGGUCGUGGGUCGUUUGGAGGUGGCAGGGGAGGAGGCUUCAACACCUACCACAUUGCCAACAUGUACCCCUUGGCAAACAAUCAGCCGCGGCCACAGUGGACAACAGCGGCGUCUUUACAACAGUCGUAGGUCCUCUGUAGGUGCAGGAGGAGGGUUCGCGGCAGAGAUGGGGAGCGGUAUUGGCAACUUGACCCCCAUCGCUGCCGAUCGCUGCCCAUCAUUGCCCGUCGCCGCUAAACCGACACCAUUGAGCUCAUGUUCUUCAACAACAUACUGGUACCUCUGGCAGGUGUUUUACGGUUACGAAAUAAUAACCGACCACAUUGAUACACACUGGGUAAAGCACGAACGAUGGAGAGAAGGAUCAUGCUUUGGUAAAGCGCGGUAUGAGACGUGACACGACUUUGUAGAGGUGUUUCCAGAGAACUCCUAAUGGAUGGGAACAAGGUAUUGUGAAGUGGUUGGGAACUUGAUCCCGCAGCGGAAAGCCUUACAAUCGCUCGCAACGGUGGGCCUAUACAGGCAGUGUAUAAUACGCACGCGCGAAACGUGCCUAGCGCUUUCUCACUUAUGUAUAAAUUGGUAUUUUGGACCGUUGCAUUCCCCCUGUGCAAUCUCGUGGACUGGGUUGAUUACCAAAGUAACAAACAAAUCACGC